ACUGCUUCUUCAUCAUCUUUUCUAGCUUUUGCACAAAAGUCCAAUCAUCCACUGAUUUUAUUUCUUUCAAAUCUAUCCAACAUGUCCACCAUGAGCCAACAACCACCUUACCCACCAACAUAUCAAUACCCGCAACAGCAGCAAUACCCCCAGCAAUACCAACCCCAACCCUACCAAGAUGUAUUAUCCCACCAACAACACCCUCAGCAAUACCCGCCCUACAACCAUCCCCAGCAACCUCAACCCACCACUCUAGCCCCUCCACAACCCCAAGGUCCCUACCUAAACCCCAACGCCCCCCAAACCACCUCCUCAGCGACCCUCUACUCCGAGAAAUCCGCCCUCUCAACCGCAUCCGCCGCGUCCUCCACCAGCCCACCCUUAUCAAACGCGAUAUCCCUCUCCCCAACGCACGCCCUCUACAUCACAAAACACAGCAUCUACGCCAAAUCCACACCGAUAACAAACCUCACCCACCACCCUUCCAACCCGCUCUCCUCCUACGCCGGCGACACAAUCCCUUCCUCCUUCCUCGCCGCCGCAAAAGACGUCGGUCCCGCCGCGCCCCCGCUCUUCACCAUGCGCAAAAAACACUGGUAUAGCUCGCGCUCGAGUUUUGUUGCUGUACGCGAGAAGGGAGAGGAAGAGGAGGUUGCGAAUCUGAAGAAUAUUAGUAGUUCGUGCAGUAAAGCGGAGAUGAAGUUUGUCAAGGGGCGAGCGGCGCAGCAGGGCGUUGUUAGUAUGAAGCCUGUCAAGUGGUUGACGAGGAGGAAUGCGUUUGUGUUUGAGAGUCGCACGUUUACGUGGGGGUUUGAGUCGAGGGUUAAGAGUAGUCGUAUGGUGCUUGUUAUGGAGGGCGGUGCGGGUGGGGAGGUUAUUAUUGUCGCAAGGUACGCUGACAAGCAUGGUACGGGGAAUGGCAACGGCGUGCUCCUGAUCGAUGCGAGAGAGAUUGAUCUCGCAGUUGCCACGCUUACGGCAAUGGUUAUGCUCAGGCGCACACAACUGUCGUUUCAGGAGGCGAACUCUGGAGGAGGUAAUUCCGGGGCCAGUGCUGCUGUUGCUGCUGCUGUUUCGUAG